GUUCUAAAGUGAUAUAUUAUUAGUUUUAUACUACCUACUAAUAGUCUUCAACGUGUGUAACUUCUAAUUCAUUUAUAAUCAAACUAUUCAAGUUAUUUAAUUAUUGUUUGGCUUUUUACAUAAGUCUGUGCAACACUGAAGUCUAUAUAAUAUUAUAUUUAAAUUAUUAGCUACUUAUAUGCAAUUUGGUUAAAUAUGGACUCUGGUAAUAAACAAAAACUGCCUUCACAUCCUAGAGUCAAUGCAAAUAUUCUUGAAAUCCUCACGUUUGGAUGGAUUUACAAACUUUUCAAAACUGGAAAUAAAAGAGAUUUAGAAGUAAAUGAUUUGUAUACAACACUAAAUGAUGACUUAUCAUCAUCAUUAGGCAAUGAAUUAGAAGAAAAAUGGAAAAUUGAGCUCGCUAAUGCAAAAAAGGUGAAUCGGUCGCCAAGCUUAACAAAAGCUUUGAUCAGAACAUUUGGAUUAAAGUUUAUGUUAUAUGGAUUUUUUCAAUUAAUCGUCGAACUUGUUCUAAGAAUGUUACAACCAUUAUUCAUUGGUGGACUGUUAUCAUAUUUUAACCCCAAUAAUCUUUCCAACAACACACAUAAUAUAGACUAUGCGUACAUGUAUGCAACAUUUUUGUCAUUAAACAUGCUAGUUACACUAGUUAUGUAUCAUGCAAUACAAAUAGAAAUUUUACAUAGCGGAAUGAAAAUGCGUAUCGCCUGCUGUUCAAUGAUAUUUAAAAAGGCAUUGCGGCUAAGUAAAACGGCUCUUGGUGAAACUACUGCUGGCCAAGUAGUAAAUUUGUUAUCAAAUGAUGUAAAUCGGUUCGAUUCUGUAGUAAUAUUUCUCCAUUACCUAUGGAUAGGUCCUUUACAAACACUUAUAAUCACAUAUUUUUUGUGGCAAGAAAUUGGAGUGUCAUCAAUAGUUGGAGUAGCGACAUUACUUUUGGUCAUUCCAUUACAAGGUUGGAUAGGAAAGAAAAUUUCUGAAUAUCGAUUAAAUACAGCCAAUAGGACCGAUGAGAGAGUACGUUUGAUGAAUGAAAUAAUUUCAGGAAUUCAAGUAAUUAAAAUGUACACUUGGGAAAAACCUUUCGCAAGCUUCGUAGAAUAUGCAAGAAGAAAAGAAAUAAACGAGAUUAAAGGAUCAUCGUACUGCAGAGCAGUGAUGGUAUCUUUUGCGUCUUUCCAUACUAGGAUUGCAUUAGUAUUCAGUAUAUUUUCAUAUGUGUUACUUGGAAAUUAUAUAUCUGCCCAACAGGUAUUUGUAAUAACGUCAUAUUAUAAUUUAUUACGGACAACGAUGACAGGUUUUUUUCCACUUGGUCUUUCAGUAGUGGCGGAAACGUUAAUAUCCAUUAAACGACUUCAGAAAUUUUUAUUGUACGAAGAAAAACAAGAUCAAACAGUUUAUCACUCAAAAUCUGAUAAUACAAAUGCUAAUGGUGACAGAAAAGUCAUAUAUACUAAUGAUAAUUUGGCACCGGUUGAUAUAAAAUCUAAUGACAAUGAAGUUCCUCAAUUAAAUAACAUUGGAAUUGUUGUAACCAAUGCCACAGCUAAGUGGUUAGAUUCUCAAACUGAAAACUCACUAGAAAAUAUUAACCUAAAUGUAAUACCUGGUCGAUUAGUUGGAGUAAUUGGCCCAGUGGGAUCAGGAAAAAGUUCAUUAUUACAAGCAAUUUUACGAGAAUUACCAUUAUCCAAAGGAAAAAUUACAGUUAACGGUGUAGUUUCUUACGCAUCACAAGAACCAUGGUUAUUUGCUGGUUCUGUAAAACAAAAUAUACUAUUUGGUUCAGCAAUGGAUCAUGAACGUUAUGAAAAAGUUAUACAAGUUUGUGCAUUGAAAACUGACUUGAAACAGUUUCCAUAUGGCGAUAAAACGAUUGUGGGAGAAAGAGGAGUUUCUCUCAGUGGUGGACAAAGGGCGAGAAUAAAUUUAGCACGAGCUAUAUACAAACAAGCGGAUAUUUAUUUAUUAGAUGAUCCUCUAUCAGCUGUAGAUACUCAUGUUGGCAGGCAUUUAUUUAGAAAAUGUAUAAAAGGAUAUCUUAGAGAUAAAACUUGUAUUCUUAUUACCCACCAAAUACAAUACUUGAGUAGUGUUGAUCAAAUUAUUCUAAUGGAUAAAGGAAAUGUAUUAAUUGAGGGAUCGUAUGAUGAACUUCAGAAAUCGGAUUUAAACUUUACGAAAAUGCUUGGAUCACCAAUAGAAACAACGAUUGUAUCUCGUAAUGAAAGUAUUAAAAACAAUACAAAUACUAACAAUCGCCGAAUAGGUUAUAAUCGACAAGUGUCUAUACAAAGUGUCACAUCAUCAAUUGAAGAAUUCCAAUUCAAUGAAGUUCAAGAACAACCUGUCGAGGUAUCCGAAAAUCGAACUUCUGGAAGUGUAUCAAAAAGUGUUUAUUCGUCGUAUUUCUUUGCUAGUGGAAAUUCUUGUAAAAUAUUUUUUUUCUUUAUCAUAUGUAUUUUGACACAAGUACUGGUAUCAAGUGGGGAUUUUUGGUUGACCUAUUGGGUUAAUCUAGAAGAACGUGUUUUUUAUAGAAUGAGAACCGCAUCCGAUACUGAUGAACCGAAAUUCUUGUGGUGGUCAAUUUCUCGAGAUACGUGUUUCAUUGUUUUCAUUGUUUUAACUUUGAUUAUGAUAGUUGCGAUUAUCAUCAGGUCCAUUUCAUUCGUAUCAGUUUGUAUGAAAUCUUCAAUGAUAUUACACAAUAAAAUGUUCACUGCUAUCACAAGAGCUACAAUGUAUUUUUUUAAUACAAAUCAAUCAGGACGUAUUCUUAACCGAUUUUCAAAAGACAUGGGAGCUAUUGAUGAAUUGCUACCAGUAACAUUAAUGGAUUGCCUACAAAUUGGGUUAGUAUUAAUAGCAAUUGUAAUUGUUAUUGGAAUUAUAAACUUUUACCUUAUGGUACCUACUUUUAUCAUUGCAAUAAUAUUUUACAAAUUUCGAGUAUUCUAUUUGUCAACUUCCCGCAGUAUCAAACGAUUGGAAGGAGUUACAAGAAGUCCAGUAUUUACCCAUUUGAACGCAUCGCUUCAAGGUUUAACCACAAUAAGAGCAUAUGGAGCUGAAAAACUUUUAUGUGAUGAAUUUGAUAACCAUCAAGACCUACAUUCUUCGGCUUGGUAUAUAUUUAUUUCUUCAAGUAGAGCAUUUGGUUUAUGGUUGGACAUAAUAUGUUUUAUCUAUAUAGUAAUUGUAACAUAUAGCUUCUUGAUAAUCGGAAAUACCACAUAUGGAGGAAAUAUUGGUCUAGCUAUUACACAAGCAAUUAGCUUGGCCGGAAUGUUCCAAUGGGGAAUGAGACAAUCAGCUGAAUUAGAGAACCAAAUGACUUCAGUUGAAAGAGUAGUUGAAUACACGAAUGCUCCACAAGAAGAUGCGCUUGAAUCAUCACCAGAAAAAAAACCUUCUGCGGAAUGGCCUAUGCAUGGGAAGAUAACUUUCCAACACUUUUAUCUUCGAUAUAGCAUAGAUAGUCCAUUUGUAAUCAAAAACCUUAAUAUAAAUAUCAAACCAAUGGAAAAAGUUGGAAUCGUAGGAAGGACUGGUGCUGGAAAGUCAUCAUUAAUUGGAGCAUUAUUUAGAUUAGCUAUUAAUGAAGGAAAUAUCAUCAUUGACGAUAUAGAAAUACACGAUAUAGGACUUCAUGAUUUGAGAUCUAAACUUUCUAUCAUUCCGCAAGAACCCAUUUUGUUUUCUGGAACAAUGCGAACUAAUUUACAUCCGUUUAAUGAAUAUCCAGAUCAUGUUCUUUGGAAUGCUUUAGAUGAAGUGGAACUCAGACAAAUUGUUGAAAAAUUACCUGAUGGUCUAAACUCUAAAAUGUCAGAAGGUGGUUCCAAUUUUAGUGUCGGCCAAAGGCAGUUAGUAUGUUUAGCUAGAGCUAUUAUUCGAAAUAAUAAGAUUCUUGUAAUGGAUGAAGCCACUGCUAAUGUUGAUCCACAAACUGAUGCAUUUAUCCAAAACACUAUAAGAAAUAAAUUCCGAAUGUGUACGGUGCUAACAAUUGCUCAUCGUUUAAAUACAGUAAUAGAUUCAGAUAAGGUACUUGUGAUGGAUGCAGGUACAAUGGUUGAAUUCGAUCAUCCAUAUAAUUUAUUGAAAGAUAAAAAUGGAUUCUUUUAUAAAAUGGUGGAACAAACUGAUCCAGCCAAUGUACAAUUGUUACAUAAUAUAGCAUCGGAGAGCUAUAACAGUAUGAUUUUAACAAAAGAACACCUUAUUAAAUCAUGAAAAAAAGAUGUUAUUGAUCUACAUAUUUUCAAAAACCAAUGGUUCCUUAUUAAUCUGUACGAAAUGAAUAUAGAUUAUAGCAUGAAUCAGAUAUUAUUCUAGUUAAUAGUGCUUUUUGAAAGCACUGAUAGAAUAUAAUUGUAUAUAUUAAAUUUAGAUUAUAUAGGAAAUAUUUAUUAAAUUUCCACUGUAAACUUAAACAUUAAUUUUGAAAUUAUGUUAUAAUACAUUUAUUAUAAAUUCACAAGA